UGCAGCGCAAUGGUCUUGUUGACGGCACGGGCCGGCGCUGAUGGCGACAACUUCUUUCUGCCUUCAUUCUGAAUUUUGAAAGCCGGCCUUUUAUGGAUGAUAGCGGCGCGUGGUGAGCUCCAUGCCAAUCCAAUCAGACGCACAUUCAUUCCCAUGUUUGUCAUACUUCAGCCCCGGGCGCCAUUCCGUUGAAAUGCAUGCCCCACGACACCGCUCGGAUCGCUUGCGGGACAUGAUAAGGAAUGAGAUAUGCGUCCUUUCGCGCCGUUCGCGCCUCGAAGUUUGUCUCUGCCACAGCAUCUGAUAUCGAAUUUCCGUGCCCCCAUUCACCCCAAUAUUUCGUCCAAUCCACCGGUUGCGACCAGGGGUCUUUUUCGAUGGUCGGGAUUGCUUGUCUUGAUGUUGGCAAUCAGUCUCCGCAGAAACAGUGGAUUUCCGUUGCCGGGGAAGACCCUGGGUCGAUCUCUAUCCACUGUGACUGGUCGAUUACGGGACAAUGAUCGGUCCAGAGCCGAAACCCUAUUCGAAAUCCAAUUCCUUCUCGUCCGCACCAUUUUUGUACUUGGGAUGGAAGAGUUGUUUGCUUUGCCGGAUGAUUGGUGGCUGGCAGGCACGCCCCUGUCGAGCUGGCUUCCUCGAUGGAACAAAUCGCCGCGACCUCGAGGCAUUCCCAGGGUAAUCUUUGCAACAGACGCGCGACCGGGCAAGUGAUAAGCUUGAUUAGCCAAAACGGGACCUUGUUGAUGCUUUCGGCCUUUUGCUCCUCUUCCGCAUCCUCACCGGGACCUCAUCAACUCUGAGGGCGCCAAUUUUUUCUC